AAACUGCAGAAUCUGUAUAACACGAAAGCACUGUAAACCAAAUGAGAAAAGAACUAUCAUGUGUCGGAGCAAAAUUAUCUCUUAAUUGCAGCGGGAAAUGUUUUAAUUUGUAUUGGCAAGGAAGUGAAAACCAUUGAGAAAAUUGAACUGGCGGGAUUGCAUAAGAGAAAACGAGAGGUUACGUAAUGAGAAUUUUAAGCACUCUCACACGAUUGUAAAUACGACAGUAAGCAAUGCGCAGUUAAUGCAGAUUAAUAACUGCACAAUAUCUGAUUGACGACAGCAGCUUUGUUUCGCUUGGGUCGUGCGGGUAACUUUCCUACAAGUCCCAGCCUGUCUUGCGGUGAUCACGUGGUUCACCUUCGCCUUCCUGGUCACUCGGUGCCUGUAACGGAGGCUUGUCUUUGUUGGUGUGGAAAUGGUUUACUAUUUCACCAGUAAUGUGGGUUCUUCACCAUAUACGAUAUAUAUGGGAAAAGAUAAAUAUGAAAAUGAGGACUUAAUCAAAUAUGGAUGGCCAGAAGAUGUUUGGUUUCAUGUAGAUAAAUUAUCUUCAGCUCAUGUAUACCUUCGAUUAUACAAGGGGCAAGUAAUUGAUUCCAUCCCAAAGGAAGUACUAAUUGAUUGUGCUCAGCUAGUUAAAGCCAAUAGCAUUCAAGGAUGCAAGAUGAAUAAUAUAAAUGUUGUGUAUACACCGUGGUCUAAUCUAAAGAAGACUGGUGACAUGGAUGUGGGACAAAUAGGAUUUCACAGGCAAAAAGAGGUAAAGGUAAUUGCAGUGGAGAAAAAGAUAAAUGAAAUUUUAAACCGGUUGGAGAAAACCAAAAAUGAACGCUUCCCAGAUUUGGCAGCUGAAAAGGAAUCCAGAGACCGCGAAGAGCAGAAUGAGAGAAAAGCACAAAUUCAGGAAAUGAAACGAAAGGAAAAAGAGGAGAUAAAAAGGCGAAAAGAAAUGGAAGACCUUAGGUGCUAUUCUAGUCUUAUGAAAUCUGAAAACAUGAGUAGCAAUCAGGAUUGUGGUUAUGACUCUGAUGAUUUCAUGUGAAGUCUGCUGGAAGCAAAAACAUAGACAUCUUAAAUUGGAAGAUUUUUGGCCUGCCAUAAAACCCCUUUUGCUUUUGACAAUUGCUUGAGGGACCAGUACCUUUUUUGAGUUUCAAGAUAUUUAUCUUGUAAUGUGAUUACUAAGUGGAAAAUUAAACUUGUCACUGUUUUUUCCACUCAAGAAAUUGAUAUGUGAAAACAUAAUUUUGACGUGCUUGGUGUGGACGCUUAUCUAGGAGAAUGGCUUAUCACUGGAAACACUUUUGCUGGAGUUUUUUAAAUGCCUAAAACACAAACAAUUAAAAUAAUGAAAUCUCACCCAAGAGAAAAUGUUGAUUUUUUUUUUGGGCAAUGUCCACAAGAGUGUUUAUAGGCACAAGUUGUGCUGCACCUAGCACAAAGUUAAAACUGUGUGAAAUAUUUUGAGGUGGUCACCACUCUUCUACUUGAUUAUUCUUAAUAGUCAAAUCAAUAUAACUGAAUGUAGUUUAUUGAAAUCACUCUCAUUUAUGUAAAAGUGGAGUAAAAUUAUAGCUUAAAUUAUAAAUAUCAGAAACUGAAAAAAGAAUGAGUCCUGCAGCUGAAAUGUUAGCCUGUCUUUGAAUAAUCAAUACUGGUUGACCUGGUGUCUUAAGUAUUUUCCUUAAAUGUAUGCUAUUCUGUUAUUGAGGAAUGAAAAUUCUCUAGACUACUGCUUGUCAUUAGAACCAAUACAAUUGAUGCAUGGUCUCUUCCUCUCUAAAGAUUUUUGUCAGAAGGGAUUACACCUGAUCUUCAUUCUAUGGUAUAACCAUUUGUUACAUCUUAACGUUUGUUCUGUUGAACCUAACCCAGGGCUAAAGGUAACAAGAAUGAACUCUGAAAAUAAAAAUAUUUUGUAAUGUAUUUGUUCUUUUCUGAUUAUUAAUUGGGUGUUGCCUUUCUUCUACAACCUAUUCUUAAUUGUUGACAAAAUCCCAGCCAUUUUUCAUGGAUGUGUUAUGAUUCAGUAAAUCAUGGGGAAACCAUACCCCAGUUUUUGGGGAAAAAAGACAUUUUUGAUUUUGAGUACAAGUCUCCAGUUGAGUUUAUUGUCAUGUGCACAAGUACGGUGAGGUACAGGUACAAUGAGAAACUUGCAGCAGCAGCAUCAGGCACAGAUUUGACAUACGCAGUAGCUUUCGAUCCAGUGAUCAGUAAUUAACUAUCAGUAAUAGUUGCAGAUUAGAAGCCUAGAGGUCACAUUAAUUCAUAGUUAAGUACAUUAUGAAUAUUUUCAGCAGACAGCUGCAAUGUCUUUACAGCCAUAAUUUUCCCUUUGUUUGAAAUCAUCUGUUUUUUUUGGGGGAAAUCUAAUAAUGACUUGCUGUCCAUGGAUGAACAAGUUGUUUACAUGUCUACUCGAAAGAAAAUCAAAGUUGAUGCAUAUUUGUACAUCAAUCCAUCUUUUAUAUUUUUUAAAAAAUCAUGAAAAAUGUUUCAAAUUGUAUAAACUAUUCAAAACCAGAAUAGACAUAAGGCACAGCAAAUAUUUUGUUUAUUUAGGUGGUUGCUGUCCUAGAUGUUGUGUUCUUCCAUCUAUAAUUAUUUGCCAUAGAAUCUACAUUUGCCUUUAAGCCUCCAUCUCAAUCUACCUUGCCCCUGCUCCAAUCUUUACCACACUGAAUAUCUUCCUCCCUAUAAGCUUUCUAUUGCUAUUUCUUAAUGCUGUCAUUUCAUGGUCUUGAUAACAUCCAAACAUGUCCCUUCAUCCAGCACCAUCCGUAUUUCCUACACCUUGCAAACCAACUUCAGAUACUUAACAACAGGGCUUUCUUAACUGUUUAGUCUUUGGCCCUCUGUUAGUCUGUAUAUUACUAUGGCUGUUGAUCUGCUCAGUUGCCCUCCACUUUUGAUGACUUUGACCCCAUUGACACCUUUAUCUCUACUCUUGGUUGCCUGUUCUUUAAGGGACUUCAUUAGUCAACUCGUAACAUGUCUGGCACACUGGUUUUACUAUCCAACAGAUUUAGUUAGAUCCCAUCAUGUGCAGUUGGACCCCCAAUCUUUACCAAACCACUCACUUGCAGGAUCACUCUCGAGAUCAAAAAUAUCCCACUAACAUUUUCUUCACAGCAAACUCUACUUAAAUUCCUUUACACUCUCACCUGUUUCACCCCAGUGUAGCAGCCAGGAGGAUGCCUGGUUUUGCAUUCAGUGUGGUAUCUUUCUUUUAAGUGGAUAUUGAAGGCAUUCUGUUAUACUUCUGAGUUUCCCUCCUAUGAUCUGUUGAUGGUCUAUUUAGUUUAAUUUAUCUAAAGUUCCAGUCUUUCUUUGAAAAAUGGAAAAACACUCCAAAUGAAAGAGAAUGGAUCAUUUUAAGGUGUGGUUAGAAUGCUCGUUAAUUAAAUAUUUAACUUGUUAUUGUACUAAGUGAAAACCUAUUGUCCUUCAAUUUACAUAGUAGAGUGUUUUUUCUCUCUACUACAAAGUAGUAGGCCUGAAGCAGAGUAUGAAAAUGAACCAAUAAUACUCCAUUUGACUUUGUUCAGGUAAUACUGUUUAUAUAUGUGGACAAAUUGAAGGAUCUAAGAACAGAUUGAUGAGCAAAUGUGCAUCAGAAUGUAAUUAUAAUCAAAGACCCCACCCACUUGGGUCAUUCUCUCUCCUCUCCCAUCAGGCAGAAGACAAGAGCCUGAGGGCACAUACCAUCAGGCUCAAGGACAGCUUCUACACCACUGUGAUAUGACUAUUGAACGGUUCCCUUAUAUGUUGAGAUGGACUCUUGACCUCACAAUUUACCUUGUUGUGACCUUGCACCUUAUUGUCUACCUGCAAUGUACUUCCUUGUAGCUUGACACUUUACUCUGUAUUCUAUUUUUUUUACUUGUACUACCUCAAUGCACUCUGUACUAACUCAAUGUAUCUGCACUGUGUAAUGAAUUGAUCUGUACGAACAGUAUGCAAGACAAGUUUUUCACUGUACCUCGGUACAAGUGACAAUAAUAAACCAAUACCAAUUAA